CGGCCUAGGGGGCGGUCGCUCGCGGAGUAUCCCGGGACGGCGACAAAAGGAGGAGACUCGGGGGCCGUUUGGGACCGGAGAUCUCGGGGGAGGGCUUGGGGUCGUGUUCCCAGGAGGUGUCUCGACUAGCCUGCCACCUCUCGGCCUCCAUGCGGGCGCCUCGCUCGUCGGGCCGGACGCGGAGAGCGCAGGCUGGAUGAACUCAUGGACCUGGUAUUUUUCUUUUGAGAAAGAAACCUGCUCAAAAGAAAAAUGGCAUUUGUUGCAACACAAGGGGCCACAGUGGUUGACCAAACCACUCUUAUGAAAAAGUACCUUCAGUUUGUGGCAGCUCUCACGGAUGUAAAUACACCUGAUGAAACAAAGUUAAAAAUGAUGCAAGAAGUCAGUGAAAAUUUUGAGAAUGUGACAUCAUCUCCUCAGUAUUCUACAUUCCUGGAACAUAUCAUCCCUCGAUUUCUUACAUUUCUCCAAGAUGGAGAAGUCCAGUUUCUUCAAGAGAAACCAGCCCAGCAACUGCGGAAGCUAGUACUUGAAAUAAUUCAUAGAAUACCAACCAAUGAACAUCUUCGUCCUCAUACAAAAAAUGUUUUAUCUGUGAUGUUUCGCUUUUUAGAGACGGAAAAUGAAGAAAAUGUUCUUAUUUGUUUAAGAAUAAUUAUUGAACUACACAAACAGUUCAGGCCGCCAAUCACACAAGAAAUUCAUCAUUUUUUGGAUUUUGUGAAACAGAUUUACAAGGAACUUCCAAAAGUAGUGAACCGCUACUUUGAGAACCCUCAGGUGAUCCCUGAGAACACAGUGCCUCCUCCGGAGAUGGUUGGUAUGAUAACCACAAUUGCUGUGAAAGUCAGUCCUGAGCGUGAGGACAGUGAGACACGGACACAUUCCAUCAUUCCUAGAGGAUCGCUUUCUUUAAAAGUAUUGGCAGAAUUGCCUAUUAUUGUUGUGUUAAUGUACCAGCUCUACAAACUGAAUAUCCACAAUGUUGUUGCUGAAUUUGUACCCUUGAUCAUGAAUACUAUUGCAAUUCAGGUAUCUGCACAAGCCAGGCAACAUAAGCUUUACAACAAGGAGUUAUAUGCUGACUUCAUUGCUGCUCAGAUUAAAACAUUGUCAUUUUUAGCUUAUAUCAUCAGAAUUUAUCAGGAGUUGGUGACGAAAUAUUCUCAGCAGAUGGUCAAAGGAAUGUUACAGUUACUCUCAAAUUGUCCAGCAGAGACUGCACACCUCAGAAAGGAGCUUCUGAUUGCCGCAAAACACAUCCUUACCACCGAGCUCAGAAAUCAGUUCAUUCCUUGUAUGGACAAGCUGUUUGAUGAAUCCAUACUAAUCGGCUCAGGAUAUACUGCUCGGGAGACUCUCAGGCCCCUUGCCUACAGUACACUGGCUGAUCUCGUGCACCAUGUUCGCCAGCACUUGCCCCUCAGUGACCUGUCGCUUGCUGUCCAGCUGUUUGCCAAGAACAUUGAUGAUGAGUCACUGCCCAGCAGCAUCCAGACCAUGUCCUGCAAGCUUCUGCUGAACUUGGUGGACUGCAUCCGCUCCAAGAGCGAGCAGGAGAGCGGCAAUGGGAGGGAUGUCCUGAUGCGGAUGCUGGAGGUUUUUGUUCUCAAAUUCCACACCAUUGCUCGGUAUCAGCUCUCUGCCAUUUUUAAGAAGUGCAAGCCUCAGUCUGAGCUCGGAGCAGUGGAAGCAGCUCUACCUGGGGUGCCCACUGCCCCUGCUGCCCCUGGUCCUGCACCAUCUCCGGCCCCUGUUCCUGCCCCUGCUCCUCCCCCACCCCCACCCCCUACGCCGGCCACUCCUGUGACUCCAGCCCCUGUGCCUCCUUUUGAGAAGCAAGGAGAAAAGGAUAAGGAGGACAAGCAGACAUUCCAGGUCACAGAUUGCCGAAGUUUGGUAAAAACCUUGGUCUGUGGUGUCAAGACAAUCACAUGGGGCAUAACAUCCUGUAAAGCACCUGGUGAAGCUCAGUUCAUUCCCAACAAACAGUUACAACCCAAAGAGACUCAGAUUUAUAUAAAACUUGUGAAGUAUGCAAUGCAGGCCUUGGAUAUUUACCAGGUCCAGAUAGCAGGAAAUGGACAAACAUAUAUUCGAGUAGCGAACUGCCAGACUGUUAGAAUGAAGGAGGAGAAGGAGGUAUUGGAACACUUUGCUGGUGUUUUCACCAUGAUGAAUCCCUUAACAUUUAAGGAAAUCUUCCAAACUACAGUCCCUUAUAUGGUGGAAAGAAUCUCAAAAAAUUAUGCUCUUCAGAUCGUUGCCAAUUCCUUCUUGGCAAAUCCUACUACCUCUGCUCUGUUUGCUACCAUCCUGGUGGAAUAUCUCCUGGAUCGCCUGCCAGAAAUGGGCUCCAAUGUGGAGCUCUCCAACCUGUACCUCAAGCUGUUUAAGUUGGUCUUUGGUUCAGUCUCUCUCUUUGCAGCUGAAAAUGAGCAGAUGCUAAAGCCUCAUCUACACAAGAUUGUGAACAGCUCCAUGGAGCUUGCACAGACUGCCAAGGAACCCUACAACUACUUCCUGCUGCUCCGAGCCCUGUUCCGUUCUAUUGGUGGAGGUAGCCAUGAUCUCUUAUAUCAGGAAUUCUUGCCUCUCCUUCCUAACCUCCUCCAAGGCCUGAACAUGUUGCAGAGCGGCCUGCACAAGCAGCACAUGAAGGACCUCUUUGUGGAGCUGUGUCUCACGGUGCCUGUGCGGCUGAGCUCCCUCUUGCCCUAUCUACCCAUGUUAAUGGAUCCCUUGGUGUCUGCCCUCAAUGGGUCUCAGACUUUGGUCAGCCAGGGCUUGAGGACCUUGGAGUUAUGCGUGGACAACCUGCAGCCUGAUUUCCUCUAUGACCAUAUCCAGCCUGUGCGUGCAGAGCUCAUGCAGGCUUUGUGGCGCACUUUACGAAAUCCCGCGGAUAGCAUCUCUCAUGUGGCCUACCGCGUACUUGGCAAAUUUGGUGGCAGUAACAGGAAGAUGUUAAAAGAAUCCCAGAAGCUGCACUAUGUUGUGACUGAAGUUCAAGGCCCCAGCAUUACUGUGGAAUUCUCGGAUUGCAAAGCAUCUCUUCAGCUCCCAAUGGAGAAGGCCAUUGAAACUGCUCUGGACUGCCUGAAAAGUGCCAACACAGAGCCCUACUACCGGAGGCAGGCAUGGGAGGUGAUCAAGUGCUUUCUGGUGGCCAUGAUGAGCCUAGAGGACAAUAAGCAUGCGCUUUACCAGCUGCUCGCGCACCCCAACUUUACAGAAAAGACCAUACCCAACGUCAUUAUCUCACAUCGUUACAAAGCACAAGACACGCCAGCCCGGAAGACAUUUGAGCAGGCCCUGACUGGGGCGUUCAUGUCUGCUGUCAUCAAGGAUCUGCGGCCCAGCGCUUUGCCCUUUGUCGCCAGCUUGAUUCGCCACUAUACCAUGGUGGCAGUGGCUCAGCAGUGUGGCCCUUUCUUGUUGCCUUGCUACCAGGUGGGCAGCCAGCCCAGCACAGCCAUGUUUCACAGUGAAGAGAACGGGUCGAAAGGAAUGGAUCCCUUGGUUCUCAUUGAUGCGAUAGCUAUCUGUAUGGCCUAUGAAGAAAAGGAACUUUGCAAGAUUGGGGAAGUGGCCUUGGCUGUGAUAUUUGAUGUUGCAAGCAUCAUCCUGGGCUCGAAGGAGAGGGCCUGCCAGCUUCCCCUCUUUUCCUACAUCGUGGAGCGCUUGUGUGCCUGCUGUUAUGAGCAGGCCUGGUAUGCAAAACUGGGAGGUGUGGUGUCCAUUAAGUUUCUCAUGGAGCGGCUGCCUCUCACAUGGGUUCUUCAGAACCAGCAGACAUUCCUCAAAGCACUCCUCUUCGUCAUGAUGGACUUAACGGGAGAGGUUUCCAACGGGGCAGUUGCCAUGGCAAAGACCACUCUGGAGCAGCUCCUCAUGAGGUGUGCCACGCCUCUAAAAGAUGAGGAGCGAGCCGAAGAGAUUGUGGCAGCUCAGGAGAAAUCUUUUCACCAUGUGACCCAUGAUUUAGUUCGAGAAGUCACCUCUCCAAACUCCACUGUGAGGAAGCAGGCCAUGCAUUCACUGCAGGUGUUGGCGCAGGUCACUGGGAAGAGCGUGACGGUGAUAAUGGAACCCCAUAAAGAGGUCCUGCAGGAUAUGGUCCCACCCAAGAAACACUUGCUUCGACACCAGCCUGCCAAUGCACAGAUUGGCCUGAUGGAAGGGAACACAUUCUGUACCACACUGCAGCCCCGGCUCUUCACAAUGGAUCUUAACGUGGUGGAGCAUAAGGUGUUCUACACAGAGCUUUUGAAUUUGUGUGAGGCUGAGGAUUCAGCUUUAACCAAACUGCCCUGUUAUAAAAGCCUUCCAUCACUUGUGCCUUUACGGAUUGCAGCACUAAAUGCACUUGCAGCCUGCAAUUACCUUCCUCAGUCCAGGGAGAAAAUCAUUGCUGCACUCUUCAAAGCCCUUAAUUCCACCAACAGUGAGCUCCAGGAGGCUGGUGAAGCCUGCAUGAGAAAGUUUUUAGAAGGUGCUACUAUUGAAGUAGAUCAAAUUCAUACACAUAUGAGGCCUUUGCUGAUGAUGCUUGGAGAUUACCGAAGCUUGACAUUGAAUGUUGUAAAUCGUCUGACUUCUGUUACAAGGCUUUUCCCAAAUUCCUUUAAUGACAAGUUUUGUGAUCAGAUGAUGCAACACCUGCGCAAGUGGAUGGAAGUGGUGGUCAUCACCCACAAAGGGGGCCAGAGGAGCGACGGAAACGAAAUGAAAAUUUGUUCAGCAAUCAUAAACCUUUUUCAUCUGAUCCCAGCUGCACCUCAAACUUUGGUCAAGCCUUUGUUAGAGGUUGUAAUGAAAACAGAGCGAGCCAUGUUGAUUGAGGCUGGUAGUCCCUUCAGAGAGCCUCUGAUCAAGUUCCUGACUCGGCACCCCUCACAGACGGUGGAGCUGUUCAUGAUGGAAGCAACACUCAACGAUCCCCAGUGGAGCCGAAUGUUCAUGAGUUUUCUAAAACACAGAGAUGCCAGGCCCUUGCGGGAUGUGCUGGCAGCCAACGCCAACAGGUUUAUUACCCUACUGCUGCCAGGUGGCCCACAAACGGCUGUGCGUCCUGGUUCACCCAGCACCAGCACCAUGCGGCUGGACCUCCAGUUCCAGGCCAUUAAGAUUAUAAGCAUCAUAGUUAAGAAUGAUGACUCCUGGCUGGCUAAUCAGCAUUCUCUGGUGAGCCAGCUGAGACGUGUGUGGAUCAGUGAGACCUUCCAAGAAAGGCACCGCAAAGAGAACAUGGCUGCCACCAACUGGAAGGAGCCCAAGCUACUGGCCUUUUGUUUGCUGAGCUACUGCAAGAGAAAUUACGGAGAUAUAGAAUUGCUGUUCCAGCUGCUCCGAGCCUUCACUGGUCGUUUUCUCUGCAAUAUGACUUUCUUAAAGGAGUAUAUGGAGGAAGAGAUUCCCAAAAACUAUAGCAUUGCUCAAAAACGUGCCCUGUUUUUUCGUUUUGUAGACUUCAAUGACCCCAACUUUGGAGAUGAACUGAAAGCAAAGGUUCUGCAGCAUAUCUUGAAUCCAGCAUUCUUGUACAGCUUUGAGAAGGGAGAAGGAGAGCAGCUCUUGGGACCUCCCAAUCCAGAAGGAGACAACCCAGAGAGCAUCACCAGCGUGUUUAUAACCAAGGUCCUAGAUCCUGAGAAGCAGGCAGACAUGCUGGACUCCCUGCGUAUCUAUCUUCUGCAGUAUGCCACACUGCUGGUGGAGCACGCCCCCCACCACAUCCAUGACAACAAUAAGAACCGCAAUAGCAAGCUGCGCCGCCUGAUGACCUUUGCGUGGCCCUGCCUGCUCUCCAAGGCCUGCGUGGACCCAGCAUGCAAAUACAGCGGGCACUUACUUCUGGCACACAUUAUUGCCAAAUUUGCAAUACAUAAGAAAAUUGUCCUCCAGGUUUUCCACAGUCUUCUCAAGGCUCAUGCAAUGGAAGCCCGAGCAAUUGUCAGGCAGGCCAUGGCCAUCUUGACUCCAGCAGUGCCUGCCCGCAUGGAGGAUGGCCACCAGAUGCUCACACACUGGACCAGGAAGAUCAUCGUGGAAGAAGGGCACACUGUCCCGCAGCUGGUGCAUAUUUUGCAUUUGAUUGUGCAGCAUUUUAAGGUGUAUUAUCCCGUGCGGCACCACCUGGUUCAGCAUAUGGUCAGUGCCAUGCAGAGACUGGGCUUCACACCCAGUGUCACCAUCGAGCAGAGGCGGCUGGCUGUGGACCUUUCUGAAGUCGUCAUCAAGUGGGAAUUACAGAGAAUUAAGGACCAGCAGCCGGAUUCCGAUAUGGACCCAAAUUCCAGUGGAGAAGGAGUCAAUUCUGUCUCGUCCUCUAUCAAGAGAGGCCUAUCUGUGGAUUCUGCCCAGGAGGUGAAGCGCUUCAGGACAGCCACCGGAGCCAUCAGUGCAGUUUUCGGGAGGAGCCAGUCGCUACCCGGAGCUGACACUCUUCUUGCCAAGCCCAUUGACAAGCAGCACACAGACACCGUGGUGAACUUUCUCAUCCGAGUGGCUUGUCAGGUUAACGACAACACCAACACUGCGGGGUCCCCUGGGGAUGUGCUGUCUCGCCGCUGUGUCAACCUGCUAAAGACCGCGUUAAGACCAGAUAUGUGGUCCAAGUCGGAACUCAAGCUGCAGUGGUUCGACAAGCUGCUGAUGACUGUGGAGCAGCCAAAUCAAGUGAACUAUGGGAAUAUUUGCACGGGAUUAGAAGUGCUGAGUUUCUUGCUAACUGUACUCCAGUCCCCGGCCAUCCUCAGUAGCUUCAAACCCCUGCAGCGUGGUAUUGCUGCCUGUAUGACCUGUGGAAACACCAAGGUGCUGCGAGCCGUCCACAGCCUCCUCUCCCGCCUCAUGAGUAUCUUCCCAACAGAGCCUAGUACUUCAAGUGUGGCCUCUAAGUACGAAGAGCUGGAGUGCCUCUAUGCAGCCGUGGGGAAGGUCAUCUAUGAAGGCCUCACCAACUACGAGAAAGCCACCAGUGCAAAUCCCUCCCAGCUCUUUGGAACCCUGAUGAUCCUCAAGUCAGCCUGUAGCAACAACCCAAGCUACAUUGACAGGCUCAUCUCCGUUUUUAUGCGCUCCCUGCAGAAGAUGGUCCGAGAGCAUCUCAAUCCACAGGCAGCAUCUGGGAGCACAGAAGCAACAGCAGGAACAAGUGAGCUGGUGAUGCUGAGUCUGGAACUGGUGAAGACACGGCUGGCUGUGAUGAGCAUGGAGAUGCGCAAGAACUUCAUCCAAGCUAUUCUGACGUCCCUCAUUGAGAAGUCCCCAGAUGCCAAGAUCCUGCGGGCCGUGGUGAAAAUUGUAGAAGAAUGGGUUAAGAAUAAUUCUCCCAUGGCAGCCAAUCAGACACCUACACUGCGGGAGAAGUCUAUUUUGCUUGUGAAAAUGAUGACCUACAUAGAAAAACGUUUCCCAGAAGACCUUGAGUUAAAUGCCCAGUUUUUAGACCUUGUGAACUAUGUCUACAGGGAUGAGGCCCUGUCUGGCAGUGAGCUGACUGCGAAGCUUGAGCCUGCCUUUCUCUCAGGGCUGCGUUGUGCCCAGCCACUCAUCAGGGCAAAGUUCUUUGAAGUUUUUGACAACUCUAUGAAGCGCCGGGUGUAUGAGCGCCUGCUAUAUGUGACCUGUUCCCAGAAUUGGGAGGCCAUGGGGAACCACUUUUGGAUCAAGCAGUGCAUUGAGCUGCUCCUGGCCGUGUGUGAGAAGAGCACUCCCAUUGGUACCAGCUGCCAGGGAGCCAUCCUUCCAUCCAUAACCAAUGUCAUCAACCUGGCUGACAGCCAUGACCGCGCCGCCUUCGCUAUGGUCACACAUGUCAAGCAGGAGCCUCGGGAGCGAGAGAACAGCGAGUCCAAGGAGGAGGAUGUUGAGAUAGAUAUUGAACUAGCUCCUGGAGAUCAGACCAGCACACCCAAAACCAAGGAACUUUCUGAAAAGGACAUUGGAAACCAGCUGCAUAUGUUAACCAACAGACACGACAAGUUUCUUGACACUCUUCGUGAAGUGAAGACUGGAGCACUGCUCAGUGCCUUCGUUCAGCUGUGCCAUAUCUCCACGACACUGGCAGAGAAAACCUGGGUCCAGCUUUUCCCCAGAUUGUGGAAAAUCCUCUCUGAUAGACAGCAGCAUGCCCUGGCAGGUGAGAUAAGCCCAUUCCUGUGCAGUGGCAGUCACCAGGUGCAGCGGGACUGUCAGCCCAGUGCGCUGAACUGCUUCGUGGAGGCCAUGUCCCAGUGUGUCCCCCCGAUCCCCAUCAGACCCUGUGUUCUGAAGUACCUCGGGAAGACCCACAACCUCUGGUUCCGCUCCACAUUGAUGCUGGAGCACCAGGCCUUUGAAAAGGGUCUGAGCCUGCAGAUUAAGCCAAAGCAAACAACAGAGUUCUAUGAGCAGGAGAGCAUAACACCCCCUCAGCAGGAGAUACUGGACUCCCUUGCCGAGCUUUACUCCCUGUUACAAGAGGAAGACAUGUGGGCCGGUUUGUGGCAGAAGCGGUGCAAAUAUUCAGAGACGGCGACCGCUAUUGCAUAUGAGCAGCACGGAUUCUUUGAGCAGGCCCAAGAAUCCUAUGAAAAGGCAAUGGAUAAAGCCAAAAAAGAACAUGAGAGGAGUAAUGCAUCCCCGGCCAUUUUUCCCGAAUACCAGCUCUGGGAAGACCACUGGAUUCGGUGCUCCAAGGAGCUGAACCAGUGGGAGGCCUUGACAGAGUACGGCCAGUCCAAAGGUCACAUAAACCCCUACCUCGUCCUGGAAUGUGCCUGGAGGGUGUCCAACUGGACUGCCAUGAAGGAGGCGCUGGUGCAGGUAGAAGUAAGUUGCCCAAAAGAGAUGGCGUGGAAGGUCAACAUGUACCGCGGAUACCUGGCCAUCUGCCACCCUGAAGAGCAGCAGCUUAGCUUCAUCGAGCGCCUGGUGGAAAUGGCCAGCAGCCUGGCCAUCCGUGAGUGGCGGCGGCUGCCCCACGUAGUGUCCCAUGUGCACACGCCCCUUCUGCAGGCAGCCCAGCAAAUCAUUGAACUUCAGGAAGCGGCACAAAUCAAUGCAGGUUUACAGCCGACCAACCUGGGGAGGAACAACAGCCUCCAUGACAUGAAGACGGUGGUGAAGACCUGGAGGAACCGGCUGCCCAUCGUGUCUGACGACCUGUCCCACUGGAGCAGCAUCUUCAUGUGGAGGCAGCACCAUUACCAGGGUAAACCGACCUGGUCCGGCAUGCAUUCAUCAUCCAUUGUAACUGCUUAUGAAAAUAGCUCUCAGCACGAUCCAAGCUCAAAUAACGCUAUGCUCGGGGUUCAUGCAUCAGCUUCAGCAAUCAUCCAGUAUGGGAAAAUCGCCCGGAAACAAGGACUGGUCAAUGUCGCACUGGAUAUAUUAAGUCGUAUUCACACCAUCCCAACCGUUCCCAUCGUGGAUUGCUUCCAGAAGAUUCGACAGCAAGUUAAAUGCUACCUCCAGCUGGCAGGAGUGAUGGGCAAAAACGAAUGCAUGCAGGGCCUUGAGGUUAUUGAAUCUACAAAUUUGAAGUACUUCACAAAAGAGAUGACAGCUGAAUUUUAUGCCCUGAAAGGAAUGUUCUUGGCUCAGAUCAACAAGUCAGAGGAAGCAAACAAAGCCUUUUCGGCAGCUGUGCAGAUGCAUGACGUGCUGGUGAAAGCCUGGGCCAUGUGGGGCGACUACCUGGAGAACAUCUUCGUGAAGGAGCGGCAGCUGCAUCUUGGGGUGUCUGCUAUUACCUGUUACCUGCAUGCGUGUCGGCAUCAGAAUGAAAGCAAAUCGAGAAAAUACUUGGCAAAGGUGCUGUGGCUUUUGAGUUUUGAUGAUGACAAAAACACGUUGGCAGAUGCCGUUGACAAGUACUGCAUCGGCGUGCCGCCCAUCCAGUGGCUGGCCUGGAUUCCGCAGCUGCUCACCUGCCUGGUUGGCUCUGAGGGCAAGUUGCUUCUGAACCUCAUUAGCCAGGUUGGACGUGUGUAUCCCCAAGCAGUCUACUUUCCCAUCCGGACUCUAUACCUGACCCUGAAGAUAGAGCAGCGGGAGCGCUACAAGAGCGAUUCUGGACAGCAGCAGCCAAGUUCAGUGGGUAACCAGUCCCAUUCUGCAUCAGAUCCAGGGCCCAUAAGAGCAACAGCACCCAUGUGGCGCUGCAGCCGAAUCAUGCACAUGCAGCGAGAGCUCCACCCCACCCUUCUGUCUUCCCUGGAAGGCAUCGUUGAUCAGAUGGUUUGGUUCAGAGAGAACUGGCAUGAAGAGGUGCUCAGGCAACUCCAACAGGGCCUGGCAAAGUGUUACUCUGUUGCCUUUGAGAAAAGUGGGGCGGUGUCUGAUGCCAAAAUCACACCCCACACCCUGAACUUUGUCAAGAAGUUGGUGAGCACGUUCGGAGUGGGCCUGGAGAACGUGUCCAACGUCUCGACCAUGUUCUCCAGUGCAGCCUCCGAGUCUCUGGCCCGGCGAGCACAGGCCACGGCGCAGGACCCCGUCUUCCAGAAGCUGAAGGGCCAGUUCACAACGGAUUUUGAUUUCAGUGUUCCAGGAUCCAUGAAGCUUCAUAAUCUAAUUUCUAAAUUGAAAAAGUGGAUCAAAAUCCUGGAGGCUAAAACCAAGCAACUUCCAAAAUUCUUCCUCAUAGAAGAAAAGUGUCGUUUUUUGAGCAAUUUCUCAGCACAAACAGCUGAUGUGGAAAUUCCUGGAGAAUUUCUAAUGCCAAAGCCAACACAUUAUUACAUCAAGAUCGCUAGGUUCAUGCCCAGGGUGGAAAUUGUGCAGAAGCACAACACAGCUGCCCGCAGGCUGUAUAUCCGAGGGCACAAUGGCAAGAUCUACCCGUACCUCGUCAUGAACGACGCCUGCCUCACAGAGUCACGGAGGGAGGAGCGUGUGCUGCAGCUGCUCCGCCUGCUGAAUCCCUGCUUGGAGAAGAGGAAGGAAACCACCAAGAGGCACUUGUUUUUCACAGUUCCCAGGGUUGUGGCCGUGUCCCCACAGAUGCGCCUCGUGGAGGACAACCCCUCGUCACUCUCCCUCGUGGAGAUCUACAAGCAGCGCUGUGCCAAGAAGGGCAUCGAGCACGACAACCCCAUCUCCCGUUACUACGACCGGCUGGCCACGGUGCAGGCGCGGGGGACCCAGGCCAGCCACCAGGUCCUUCGAGACAUUCUCAAGGAGGUGCAGAGCAACAUGGUGCCGCGCAGCAUGCUGAAGGAGUGGGCGCUGCACACGCUGCCCAACGCCACGGACUACUGGACCUUCCGGAAGAUGUUCACCAUCCAGCUGGCGCUGAUUGGCUUUGCAGAGUUCGUCUUGCAUUUAAAUAGACUCAACCCUGAGAUGUUACAGAUUGCUCAGGACACUGGCAAGCUGAAUGUCGCCUACUUUCGAUUUGAUAUAAACGACGCGACCGGGGACUUAGACGCCAACCGCCCUGUUCCCUUCCGCCUCACCCCCAACAUUUCUGAGUUUCUGACCACCAUCGGUGUCUCUGGCCCUCUCACUGCCUCCAUGAUCGCUGUCGCGCGGUGCUUUGCCCAGCCCAACUUCAAGGUGGACGGCAUUCUGAAAACUGUGCUCCGGGAUGAGAUCAUUGCUUGGCACAAGAAAACGCAGGAGGAUACCUCCUCUCCUCUCUCGGCCGCUGGACAGCCUGAGAACAUGGACAGCCAGCAGCUGGUCUCCCUGGUCCAGAAAGCCGUCACCGCCAUCAUGACCCGCCUGCACAACCUGGCCCAGUUCGAAGGCGGGGAGAGCAAAGUAAACACCCUCGUGGCUGCUGCCAACAGUUUGGACAACCUGUGCCGCAUGGACCCUGCCUGGCACCCAUGGCUGUGACCCCGAGUGCCUCCCGCCCGGAAUGUGAAGGAGCUGCUGGCUUCUGUGACCGCUCUCUGCCUGGUUACUUUUAUUUACAGAAGUCCUGCAGAUUUGCAGGGCUGCAGUUAUUUUACAGUAGUUUGUGUGUGAACGAGGGUGAGUUUAGUGUUGGAGGGAGCCGCCCCAGGAUGUCAGCGAGGCCCUUGAAGAUGGCAGAGCUGAGCCUACCCUACCCUUUUAAAAUGAUUUUUUAAGGAACCAGGGUUUCUGGCCUGGGGUUUUUCGUGGAUUCUUUUUUAUGGUUCUCCCUCUGUCUGUGAGUGGACAGAGUGAACUGUAGGAAACAACUCUGGAUGUCCCUUUUUCACUCUGCCAAAAAUGACCCCUCGCCACGCUUCUGUGCAUUUGUACAGACGAGUGUACGGAAGUCGGUGUUGGAGAAGCGGAAGUCGGGAGCACCCAGGCUGGUCUUUCUGUGAGCACAAGCGCUUGUGCUGCGUGUCGCUGGCUUUGGGAAUCUUGCUGAACCUUCGGUGUGCACCUAGGAGGCUGUGUCGCCUCGCAGGGAAGGCCGUCCUCAUCCACAUUGGAUCUGCUUUCCGCUGGGCAGGGCCAGCCCGUGAGAGGUGCAGUAGAUCUUGUGCUUUCGUUGCUGCCCCUUUGGAUGUCUUCUAGACACUUUCUCUCGUUGUACCUAAGAAAAAUCAUUUUUGUUCCUUCCUAACUUAAAAAGAAAACAGCGGUGAAAGUUUCCCCCUUCAGUGUUUGUCCUGUUCACAUUUUUAUAAAUCUGAGCAUUGAGAGUGUUCUAUCUAAAUUUGUACAGUGUGAUUUUUUUUUUUUUUUCUUAGAAUAAAUAUUUUAUAAAAGGG